CCCCCCCCCUCACCCCGGUUUCGGAGCUGGCUGAGGGAGGUUGCCCGGGCCGGACCCGGCAGCGGCCCCGAGCGGUCGGGCUCGGGUGGGCAUGGGGGGCUGCCUCUCCUCACAGGCGGCUGAUGACCUGUCGCUGCUCAACGAUUCUACGGGCGAUGGGGCGAGCCUUGGGCCUGGGGACCCACCUCCCCCGCCCAUCCCGGCCCCGCCGCCCCCCUACCAGGAACAUACGUCUAUUCCAGUGUAUCACCCUACACCCAGCCAGUCACGUCUUGCCACACAACUAACAGAAGAGGAGCAGAUCCGUAUAGCUCAAAGGAUUGGACUGAUUCAACAUCUUCCCAAAGGAAUCUUUGAUCCAGGCUCAGAGCCAUCAGAAAAGAAAAUCAAGGAGUGUGUGAUCUGCAUGCUGGAUUUUGUCUAUGGAGAUCCCAUCCGGUUCCUGCCCUGCCUGCACAUCUACCACGUCCACUGCAUUGACGAUUGGCUGAUGCGAUCAUUCACUUGUCCUUCUUGCAUGGAGCCAGUUGACGCUGCUCUGUUGUCCUCCUAUGAGACUAAUUAAGGUCGCUCUGUGCCCUGCUCUUGUUAAUGCUUCCAGGCUGUGGCUGUGUGGGGGGCUGGGAUGCGGCAACACUUUUAUUUGCACACUUCUGGGAUACACCAAAGAAUGCUAUGGCAAAGAACCUGGUCCCAGGCUCCAAGGACAACUCGUGGCCAUAUCUAGUUUGGCUGGCUUUCCUAAAGAGUGACUUGUUCCGCAUUGUAUCCAAUGUAGGUGGCGAUGAGGGCAGAGGAAUUGGUAAAGCUGGAGUUGUCCUUCCACUCCACCCACAAAUUAAUGUGAAGACAAAGAUUAUUCGUUGAAGCUGUUCAAUGCCCUCACACCAUUCUAAAUUUCCACUGAGUUAAUAAGUACAGUACUCCUAGGGUGCUGUAUUGGGAUUUGUAACUCUGUGGCCAAAAAGAGACGGUAUCUACAACUGAUAUUGGUGGCAAAAAUCUUAAAUCUAAAGAGGUGCUUUGGAUUGUUACCAGCUCUGGUCAGUGUGUGGCAGAAUUAGCGUUUUGUUAAAAUGUAUUUUUAAGCAUUCCCCCUUUCAUCCUUCAAAGGUGAAGAGAGCUUUGUUGAAACUGGAUUGGGGUAGAAGCAGGUGUGUUUCAAUCUUGGGCACUAUUGAAAACUCACCCAUUCGCUGCAGAGCAGAAAAGACACUUAAGGAGCUUGUCUUCUUCCUUUGUGGGCAGUUUGGAGCAGUGACAUUGCUGGGGAAUGGAGCUUGAUUCUGUAGCUAUUGGAGGCAGAGUGCUUCUAUUUCAAGGUUGGUGCUUCAGCUAAGAAGAAUGAAGGAUAGAGUUUCCUUACUCUUCUGCUUUUAAAGAUUUUUUUCUGUAAAUCAGGAGGGGAGUUUUAUAUCCGUUCUGAAGAGGUGCACCAUGGCGCUUCUGAAGCCUAUGUUGGCAGCCAAUGUUAUCAAGUUUAUACAAAUCUACAGUUAGUAGAGAGUGACUUUAUCUUGCCACAUGGAUAGAAUGGAUUCAAAGAGCAAACAGAAUUCUUUCUCACACAAUUUUCAUUUGGGUGCAGUUCACUGGAUUUGGGGGAAAGGGGUGUAUAUGUUCCUCACAGUUCAAAGUUCCUGCCUUUCCACAACACUCUAAUCAAAACAGUAUUGGCACUUUUUAGGCAUUUUGUUGGCAUGCUUACAGGGUGAGAGACAAAAAAGUUAUUUGUAAAUAACAAUUUUUUGUAUAGAAAGUUGGUGAUUCAGUAUGAUGAAACCCCUUCAAAAGACUAACUGCUGGGGUAAAGGCAUUCAAGUGCACUAUUCUAAAAGGUCAAGUUCUGCUUGUUGCCCAAUGUUUACUCUGUUUGCCUUAUACAAAAUCAAGUGAGGACUCUUGUUCCAUAGGAAACUGCUAGUGCAGUCUAUUAGUUUUAGUGCCAUGCAGCAAGCCCACUAUUUGAAAGGUUUCCCUUAGUCAUGCUCUGUUUAUUGCCUUGCAAGUGGAGAAGUGUGAAAGUGCUUUUCUGAUUAUGUAUUGUCCUUAACAAGGAUCUAGCACUUGAAAGUGAAACUGAUGUACAUUGCAUUCAAAUGGAAAUAAAAUAGAUUGCCUAUA